AUCUGCAAUGGUCUUCUGUUCAUUGGAUAUAUCAACGAGGGCCGACAGUGUGGCUGGGGACGUAGGAGUAAUGGGGGGUCGGGAAACUGGGGUGUACUGAAAAAAGAAGUUGUCAAAGACACUUCAAAGUCAUUCACAAAAUCUGUUUGUUGUAUUAAUGCAAUUCAACUUACUAGCUUAAUGUCACAUUAAGUUUUAAAUCUUCCUUGAAAUUCAUUGUUUAAUAAACAGUUUCAGAAAAAAAUUUAAUGCCUCGAGAUAUGCAUUUUCAUUUCAUAAAUUUAUAAUUACUUCUUGUUUUGAUGCUGCUUCAUAAAGUACAAAGUUUCAAAUUAGCAAUUGUCAUAAUAAAAAAUAUUUACAUUUGUUAGGCUCCAUAAAACAUAUAAUUAUAUCACUACUGACACAUCUUAUUUCUAUAUAUAGAAACAGUUGACAGUAAAAAUGACUGACCACAAAAAUAUUUAAAAACAUCUCUAAAUGUGUCAAUUCUACCUGUACUAGUAUUCUACAGAAAUACAAUCAUAUGAAUUAAUGUAGUAAUUAAUCAGAGCUAUUAAUUGGAUUGAGGCAAACCAAGAAUGUAAUCUUAAAAAGUUAUUUCUACCUUAGUUUUAUGUAAACCUGAUGAGUAAUUCCCAAAAAGAGGCUCAUGGGCCUUAACAGUCACCCGAGUCUCACACAAAGAACUCUUCAGAAGUGUUGCAGGUAGAUAAUAAUCACAAGUCAUUCUUUGCAUCAAGUUUGAUAUCUAUCCAUUUAAUACCAUGUUUCUAAUAAUUCUUUUUUUUUUUAUUUUACAGUGAUCUUGACCUUAUCUUUAUUUCAGGUAAGGACACACUGUUUGGUGUCAAAUGUGAGCUUUAUGUUAAAGACGACCUUCCUUUAUGGUAAAUAUGAGUGUCUAUUGUCUCUCUAUAACAAAGUUGUGGACAAAACAGUUAUCUAAAUUCUCUUUUUACCUGUGAUUUUAACCUUGACAAGGUGUUCUUAGACCCAGACAAGGACAAAUUCUCUGCUCAUUAGGGAUCAACCUGAACCUAAGACAAGGACAAAUUCUCUGCUCAUUAGGGAUCAACCUGAACCUAAGACAAGGACAAAUUCUCUGCUCAUUAGGGAUCAACCUGAACCUGAACCUGAACCUAAGGCCCAAUGAUCUUCAGUCUCACAAUUUCUAUGCUCAAAAUAAUUAUGCAAAUAGUUUAUUUACUGAAUGAUCAUGAAUAAAAAUAAACAUGACCCAUAGUACCUCAUCCGGGGACCUGAUCUCCUCAGAUCCAAACAUCAUGAAUUAAAAAUUUUUGGAAGAGGUCUUCAUGCUCAUUAUAACAAUGAACUCAUUUUUUUUAAUGCAAUACGAUCUGAAGAUUUGUAUGACUCUGGUCUUAUCUCCACCCCUAGGGUCCCAAGAGAAAAGAAACUCUAAAAUUCACAUUUUUUGUUGCUCUACCAAAUCAAAGUAUUCAAACUACUGUUGCAAGUUAAUGGUACUAAUAUAUUGCUCAUAGGAAGAUAAAAAUGGAAAUGAGAGAGUUUAAAUUCUUCCUUGCAAUUGAAUAUAGUUUUUGAGUUCCAUACAAUACAUUUAUAUAGAAUAUAGUUUUUGUGUUCCAUACGAUACAUUUAUACACCACUUAUCUAUUGAAGUAGCCUGCAUACUAGCCAUAAACAGCUUCCUUGUCACUUCUACAAACAAUAUCCCUCACAAAUUUUGCAAAGUAUAUACUUUUAUCCUCUUCUGAGGAAAAAUAUUCAUGACAUUGUUGUCUAAAUUAUAGUUAUCUAAAUUGAUCAUCCUUUUUCAUAAAAUUAUUUUUCAUAUCAGAAAGAGAAACUAAAAAUAAAAAUUUUCUUUAUUUUUUUUCUCUCUGUGAGUGCUGUAUUUGCUAAUCACAGACAUCUCUUUUCUGAUUGGCUGAUGAUUAUUUACAAAACUGCAUGGUGCAUAUGAAUAUGUAAAAGUUGGGGAAAUUAUUCUCCGUGUGUAAAUUGAUUUCUUUGCCCAUUUGUGUAGUUUAAUAGGUAUCAUCAAUAUGUCAACAUUACAGUUUUAUUCCUAAAACUUGAAAAUAAAGUGACACAAACGUCUGAAUGAAAAAAGUACAUCAGAGUGUCAUCUUUUUCACAGGCCAUUCAUUAUCAGCGUGGGAAUUUUUCCACUCUGGGGGUUUCCUCAUUUACAUAUUUUACUCUGCUUUGUUGUGAUUUUGAUAGUCAUCAACAGUUUUUAAAAAGUUAUUAUGUCAAUGCAAAAUUUACUUGAUUUCUUUAUGCCAAUAAAUUUCUAAUAAAAUGAUUUUAUAGAUUUUAAAGGAAUUAUGUCUAAUGUAAUUACAAAAAAUUAGUUUUACAAUUCAUCUAUGACCUCAAUUGCUCCUCUGAUGGAUAUGAUUUUGAAUAUCAACGAUCUUCAAUUCUGAUGUCGGAAUAAUGAAAAAUUGACUUGUAUAGGUAGAUGUCCAAUCCCAAUAGUGUUUUGAUUUAUGGGUUUUUUUAAAAUCAGAACAAUAAUGUCUACUGAAAAUGUACUUCAGUGUUCGGGGAGUUGAUAUUCAUCUGCUUCUAAAAAAAGAUGAUUUUGGUGAAAACUGUACAAAGCAGUUUCUGAGAAGUUGACAAAAAUAUUCAUAUAUCAAAGACAGAUAAAUACAUGUACCAAUAGGAACCCGAGUGAUUGAGGUGACCUAGAUAUUGUAUAUACUGCUGGACAAGCAGUAUUCAUAAUCAGAUGUGCACAGGACUCACCCAUAUUUGAUUUACAUUGUUGAAGGCUAGAAAGUAGUCAUACCUUAUCUUUAAUCUAAGUUACUUACAACAAGCUCAAGUUUGAUCCAAGCCCCGCUUUCAAACAAAUAGUGAAAAAGUGAGACCGAGAUCAAAAGUGAAAUUUUCUAAGCCUAAGGCCCUGGAACCUGAUGCCGCUGUCUUUUCUAAAAAUGCCAGUUAAACUCCAAGAGCAUGACAAUCCACUUGUAACCCGGGGUUACCCCACGAUGACCUCAGUUACCAUUUCACUGAUUUAAGGACCUUUACCUGUCCAUAGUCUGAUGGGGAUUCUAUAGUGUUGAAGGAGGAAACACCUGAAAUGAAAAAGACGACACCUUAAUAUUUAUAGUUCUUUAUUGACACACACGUGCUAGUUGCUACUCUACAUAAUCAUGACCUACCAUGUAAACAAGAAUAGACCCGAGGAAGAUAAGGAAUAAGAACCAACUUCACUGGAAAUCAAAACAGAUAAGCACAUACUGAAGAAAAUUAUUUACUUCUCAUAUAACUAAGCCUAUUUGUCAGUUUUCAAAAGGUAUGAGUAUGCAGAGACUCUACAUAUAUCAUAUAACUCUUGAUCAAAAUGUGGCAUUUUUAUUCAACAUACUGCAAAAUAUACUCAUUACAAAUAACAACACACAUUUGUCAGACACAGUGUUACAGGUAAUUAAUUACCAGUGUCCUUAGGACACACGUUUUGUGGAUUUAUUUGCAAGUCUAAACAUGUGUCAGGAGUUUAUCUGAUGAAUGAGAUAUGUUUGUGUCCACAUAAUGUUGUGUUAUGUCAAUAAAAAUCAUGCUACCGUGUAUCAGUGAACCAGGUCACUUCCUCCAUUAUACACAACACAUGGUUAAACUCCCCCAGAACCACACUUCUAAUCACACUGUGGCAGUUAAUUGGUGUACAUUUUUAAAUAUAUUUUUUUUUUUCACGUGUAGCUGGAGUUUCUUAACCUAUGAGCUUGUGUGGAAGAGGAAUUAUUUCCUGUUCUCAAAAUAAACUUCCGGAAAAUCCCAGUGUGACUGGUCACAGUACAGUACUUUCUAACAAUAUUUCUGGUGGAUUUACAAACCUUCAGGCCUUCUCCUGACUGUGUCAAUCUUAGCGACAUUGAGUGUGAUUUACUUCUGAGUGAACGAAAUGGAAGCAGAGGAUGAAAAUAGUGUGAAGGAGAAAAAUACUGACAAAAACAAAGAAGGAAUAGAAAAAAUACAGUCAGACGACAGAACUAGUGAGAGGCAGAGAAAAGAUGAGGAUUCUACCAGGAAACCACAAAACAAAGCCAAAGAGAACCAAACCAAAAGUCUCCCCGUGAAAAGCGUGAAAUCCUGUGCCACAGUCAGCACACAGUCACUAAAAUGUGAAGAACAAGUGAAGGAUUUUAGCCAAAUUGAAAAUGGCAUUUCACAAGAAAACAAACAAAUUAUGGAAAACGGGCAUAGUAGAGAACUUGUACAGAGAGUCGGCAAGUCAGAAAACGGCUACAUACUGGACAAAAACUCCACCACUGCGAAGAAAUCUAAUCAAAAUACUCAACCAAAAAUAUGUAAACCUGACUCCGAGAAGAAAGCAAUCCAAGAUCUAAAGAGUAAAAUUGACUCUGCUAGGGCUAAUGGUAAGAGUAUCAAUGCUCUGUUGUAUGAUAUGAACCAAGAUAGUGGAACAAGUGAAGACAACACCGAGGACAGUGAUAAUGUAACAAGUGAGCAAACACUACCAGAUGUUUCAUUCGAUUUCCAAGGUGAUGAAUUAAGCUCUAAGCUAAAAGAACUCAAAGUGUCUGAUGAGAGCCUGAAUAAAAAACUAGUAGGUGCUUCUACGGAUGAGAGUGGGAAUGAAAAACUGGUUAGUACUUCAACACCUGAAAAGACAGAUGACAGUGAAAAUUGUGACUACCUGCAUAAAGGACCAAUGAUAGGGUACGCUAAACAUGCCCACCACUACCAGCCUUACCCAAGACCCAAUCCAAUCUAUCAACCAAUGCCACAACAAGUCCCUAAUGGUACAGAGAUCUGCGAGAUAGAAUCUGAUGUCCACCAGUUUUAUGAUGAAGAAGGUUUGCUAAAGGCUCUCAAUGAAAUAGUUCCCGAGACUAACCUUCCAUCUAGCCCAGAACAACAUUUUGAACUUGCAGACCUCCAUCCAACUGAGAAGUCUUAUUCCGAAAUCUUGCCAAACACUUGUUUUAAUGGUGUAAAUAAUCAGUUCUAUCUGAAUCCGAUCCAGAGCACAAGUCCACCUCAACAGGCAAUGCCCCCGGUACAGCCCUCCAUACAGCCCUCUAACUUGCCUGGAGAUCUCAGUUACUUGCCCUGUCCGAUCCCCCAACAGAGGUCCACUAGUGCAGACACUAUAAAGCAGACCCCAGCAGUGCCAGCUCACAAUGAACCCCGACCAAACUCUUAUCCAUCCACACACGAGAACAUUGAUGCUUUGUUCAAGGACGCUAGUGACAUCAUCUUUAAUGACUUGCAUCAAUCUAUUCAACAAAGGUCUACACAGAAAACUAAAACAAACAGUGAAGCAACAUUUCCUGGUGUGAACCCCAUGCAAAAAGCACAUCCAAGCCAACAAGUUCCUGCUAAUCCAGUUUCUGUUAUGUCAGCCACAAGAAGUCAGCCAUUGGCUUCCCAUGGAGUGAGGACUCAAGAUACAUCUAAGAAUCAAACCUUCACUCAGGUAGUCACAGCCAAAGCCCCACAAAUCCAUCCAAAAUCUGUAAUGGCAUCACCUCCAAAAAGAAUGCCUCCUACUCAAAGACCCAACAAUGGUAACCUGCCACACAUUCUGCAAGAUGUAACUGACAACAGAAAUGAAAAUGAAAACCCUGUCCAAACUACAUCUCCCGCGUCACAAAAGUCUAGCAUGGGAAAUAAUCACCUUACAAAUGCACAUAUCCAACAGAUGGCUCACUUCCCAAUGCAAACACAAAUAAUGGGUGUUUCAACAGGAGUUCCACAAACCCAGCAAAAAGCCUUCGUUAAUCAAAACCUGACUCUUGUUCCUAGGCAAACAUCACCACAAGCCCCUGGUGGACUCAAUGUGAAUAGUGCACGACUUCAGUCUGGAAACUCUCAUCAGAGAGGACUGAACCAACCACAGAUGAUUGAACUUCCUUGCUCAAAUUCUCAUCAACUUUCCCAAAGACCCGAAAACUACUUUUCUACAACAAUUCAUGCAUCCCAAUCCCACAUUAACACUUCCAUUGUUUCUCAUCCUUCAAAUUUCCCAUUCAUGGCAAGUCUACAAAUGGCAAACUGUGUACCUAAAUCCCAAACCAACUGUUCUCAAGGAUUGAUGCAGCCUCUGAUGCAGGCCCCCAAUUCACAAUCAACCCCAAUGUAUCGAAUUCAAAAGGGACAGUGUGCACCAAGCAAUCCCAUCCCUGUCCAAAAUGGAGGAGGCCUGCCCAUGUCUGGAAGCUUAGUGCCACCAUUCAUGAAUUCCAUGCAGUGUGGGCAAACUACUCCAAAUGGACAGUGUGUGUCACAACCUGUGCAGGUAAUCGUCUGUCCUACUCUUGCCGAUGACAAGCCCAAGCCACGCUUCAGAAAAAUCCUUCCCAAGCCUAACCCCCCCGUAGAGGGUGGGAAAUGAUCAGUGAUCUGUGCAUGGUGUACAACAUAAGCUGAUGACAUUGCUGUGUAUUUUUGAAAUCCCAUCACAUUUUUAUUCAAUAUUCUUCACUUGUGUGUAAUAUCAAACAUUGAUAGUGAGACCGACCAUGGGUUACCGACAAUGUGCAACAUGAUACCCCACUCAUUCAACUGACAUUAAAUAGGUCACAAGAGUUGAUAGGCAAAUCAACUCAAUAACUAUAACACAAGUGUUUACAUGAUGCUUAUUAUUGCUGUGAAUAAAUGUUCAUGGAUUUUGUAAAUAAAAAUUGAACAUGAA